CUGCGCUGGCGAGCGGAGCGAACUCAGUGAGCAACCGGCCGGGCUAUGACCCCAGGGGCACUGCUGCUGCUGCUGGGGGCGCUGGGGGCGCCGCUCGCCCCGGGCGCCUGCGGCUCGGAGGCGGAGGGCCGGCUCCUCGAGAAGCUUUUCUCUGGCUACGAUAGCUCGGUGCGGCCGGCGCGGGAGGUGGGAGACCGUGUCGAGGUCCGCAUUGGCCUCAGCCUGGCACAACUCAUCAGCCUGAACGAGAAGGAUGAGGAGAUGAGCACAAAGGUGUACUUAGACCUGAGGUGGACUGACUACAGGCUGAGUUGGGAUCCCGCGGAGCAUGAGGGCAUCGACUCGCUGCGCAUCACGGCGGCAUCCGUGUGGCUACCGGACGUGGUGCUCCUAAACAACAACGACGGAAACUUUGGCGUUGCUCUGGACUUGAACGUCGUGGUGUCCUCCGACGGCUCCGUGCGCUGGCAGCCUCCAGGCGUCUAUCGCAGCAGCUGCAGCAUCGAGGUCACCUACUUCCCCUUUGACUGGCAGAACUGCACCAUGGUGUUCAGUUCCUACAGCUACGACAGCUCAGAGGUCAGCCUGCAGACGGCCAUGGGUCCUGAUGAGCAGAAACAGCCAGAAGUGUACAUUCAUGAAGGGACCUUCAUUGAGAAUGGCCAAUGGGAAAUUAUCCACAAGCCGUCUCGGCUAAUCCAGCCUCCGGUGGAUCCGAGGGGAGGCAGGGAAGGGCAGCAGGAAGAAGUUAUCUUCUACCUCAUCAUUCGCCGGAAGCCUCUCUUCUACCUGGUCAAUGUCAUUGCCCCGUGCAUCCUCAUCACUCUCCUGGCCAUCUUCGUCUUCUACCUGCCUCCAGAUGCUGGAGAAAAGAUGGGCCUCUCAAUCUUUGCCCUGCUGACCCUGACCGUGUUCCUGCUGCUGCUGGCAGACAAAGUUCCUGAGACCUCCCUGUCUGUUCCCAUCAUUAUCAAGUACCUCAUGUUCACUAUGGUGCUUGUCACUUUCUCAGUCAUCCUUAGUGUCGUCGUCCUCAACCUGCAUCAUCGCUCACCCCACACCCACCAAAUGCCCGUUUGGGUCCGUCAGAUCUUCAUCCACAAACUCCCUCCAUACCUGGGUCUGAAGAGGCCCAAACCUGAGAGAGACCUGAUGCCAGAGCCACCUCCUGUAGCCCUCAGGGAUUCUCCAGCAAGUGGCUGUGGUCGAGGAACAGAUGAAUAUUUCAUCCGGAAGCCACCGAAUGAUUUUCUCUUCCCCAAACCCAACAGGUUCCAGCCUGAACUGUCUGCCCCGGACCUGCGGCGAUUUAUCGAUGGCCCAAACCGGGCUGCGGGCCUGCCUCCCGAGCUGCGGGAGGUCGUUUCCUCCAUCAGCUACAUCGCUCGACAGCUGCAGGAACAGGAGGACCACGACGCGCUGAAGGAAGACUGGCAAUUUGUGGCCAUGGUAGUGGAUCGCCUUUUCCUCUGGACCUUCAUCAUCUUCACGAGCGUUGGGACCCUCGUCAUCUUCCUGGAUGCCUCGCACCACUUGCCCCCUGCUGACCCCUUUCCUUGAGGAAAGGCCCUCUGCCGGCUGAAUUGAGAGUGCGGCGGUACUCUCGAGUCCUAUCCCUUUCUGCCUCUGGACUCCAGUAGGAAUCCGGUCCUCCCAGGUCGUUGCCUUUAUGGGGAAAGAGCUGAAAUGGGAGGGGGCCGGCUGAAGCCUUGGGCCCCCCAGAAACUCACUAUCAGUUUAUUUACGCUUUAAUUUCUUGUAGAAGUUCCUUUGGAUAUUAACACUAGCUUCCCAGUAAAAUGGAACAAAGAACAAGAACUAGACUGUAAGCCUUUUGAGGGCAGGAACGGUGUCUUGUUCACUGUAUAUCCCCAGCGCCUAGCGCAGGUCCUGACCUAUGGGAUAGUAGGUGCUUAACAUCUGUUGGGUGAAUAGGGAUUUCUUUUUUUCCUGGAAAGAAAUACACUAAAUAAUAGUGCUUAUGUUUGCAUGCUGGGACUAGCGAUCUUUGUAUUCACCUUUCUGUAAUUUAUUUUUUUGUAAUAGGUUAUCUUUCGGAUAAAAAAAAGGUUAUGUCUAAAA